AUGGGCAGUCUCCAACAGCUAAGGGAACUGGACUUCAGUUACAAUGAGCUAACAGGAAGGAUACCGGAUGCCAUUGGACAAUGUUUUCGUUUGGAGAUGAUUGACCUCUCACACAACAUCCUUACUGGAAGUAUCCCUAUGGAGAUCUCAAGCUUCCAUUCACUGGCCUUCUACCUCAAUUUUUCACACAAUUCACUGGCAGGAAGAUUGCCUUCACUGGGAGUAAUGGAACAUAUUCAAGCCAUAGAUAUCUCUGCUAAUCAACUCUCAGGACCCAUCCCUGGCGAUAUUGGCAGUUGCGUGGGACUGCAAUACUUGAACCUGACCAGAAAUAAAUUGGAUGGAAUAGUGCCAACAUCAAUUGGACAGCUCAAAAGCCUUGAAGUCAUUGACUUGUCCUUCAAUAAACUAUCAGGACAAGUCCCACCCUCUAUUGCAAAUCUCACUAUGCUCCGUCUUCUGAAUUUCUCUUACAACAACUUGAAUGGAUCAGUUCCCAACCAAGGAGCUUUCAGAAACCUUAGCGGAACAUCAUUUUUGAGAAAUCCUAGAUUGUGUGCAGCCUCAGGCUGGUUGAAUUUACCAAAUUGCACAUCUGCCAGGAUCCGUUCAAAUGGGUUUAACAGGAAGGUUUUCAUGGUUGUUUCAAUCGCCACAUUGUUGGCAUUGUGCUGCAUUUUGGGCGCAAUUUACAUCUUCAGAAAGACCAAAAGAGAAACAUUCACAAAUAGUUUAUUGGUAAAAGGUUUCAUGCAAAUUUCUAGCCAGGAGCUUCACAGAGCAACGGAAGGAUUUAAUGCCGCUAAUUUGCUAGGUGCAGGUAACUUUGGGUCAGUUUACCGAGGACUGCUAGCUGAUAACACAUUUGUGGCUGUUAAGGUGUUCAAUCAGGACCCUCAAAAUUCUUACAAGAAUUUCUACAAAGAGUGCCGAAUACUGAGCAAAAUCAGACACCGCAAUCUCGUCAGAGUCUUGUCCUGUUGCUCAACACCAGAAUUCAGGGCUAUGGUACUCAAGUUGAUGUCAAAGGGAAGCCUCGAACAACAGCUGCAUCAGGAUUGCAGGUUGAGUUUAAAGAUGAGAUUAAACAUUGCACUGGAUGUAGCGCAUGCGAUGGCAUAUUUACAUCAUGAUUGUUCACCUCCUGUUGUUCACUGUGACUUGAAACCCUCAAAUGUUUUAAUGGAUGAGGACAUGACAGCCCAUGUGGCUGAUUUUGGGAUUGCCCGUCUAAUGACUUGCACCGAUUCAGCAAGCAGCAGCACAUCUAAGCUAAAGGGAACAGUAGGCUACCUUGCUCCAGAAUAUGGAUUGGGGGCACAAGUGACGACCAAGAGCGACGUUUAUAGUUUUGGAGUUUUCAUCCUUGAAAUGGUGACAAGAAAGAAGCCUACAGAUGAUAUGUUCACCGGAAACAAAACUUUGCCCAGUUGGGUGAAAACAGCGCUCCCUGAAGCACUGGAUAUGGUGGUGGACAGAGAAAUGGUAGGUGAUGAGUUGCGUGUGGAGGGAUCCAUGGAAUCCGCAGAGCAGGGCAGCUGGGUGACUAGUUUGAUUGGAUUGGGGCUGCAAUGCACGAGAUAUAGUCCAGGGGAAAGGCCAACAAUGAGAGAGGUGGAGGGCAUAGUUGAAAGGAUUGCGUAUGGCCCAGCAUAUGGCAAUUUAGAAGGGCGUCCAUCCGUUCAGAGUCUAUUGACACCAGGUGAAGGGCAUCCAUCCAUGCAAUAUAGCGGCACGCCACUUUCAUCUACCAAUGAAACGGAAACCAGUUAAGUGUUGAAGAUCCAUCAUCAACAAUCUCAACGAAAAUAGAAUUUAAUAGUAUUUUAUAUAUAUUUGUUUUGCAAGUAGGU